GUACUUUUGGAGUCUUCGUGGCGUAGCUUGUUCAGCUGCUCGUCGAAGCGGCUGUCGGACGGUCGCCUCUCAGCGAUCCUGCGUACGAUGUAGCGGCCAUAUUUGUUCUUAUUAUAAUAGCGUGCGCAUAUUUUAAUGUAUUUUGAAGGACAUUUAGGCAAUUUCCACGAUGACUAUAAUUGUAUUUUUAAUAGAUACAUCUGCUUCUAUGAAUCAAAGAGCUUAUUUGGGCGGACGCCCAACAUUACUCGAUGUAGCCAAGGGCGCCGUGGAAACGUUCGUAAAGGUGCGUCAACGUUCCCCCGAAAGCAGAGGCGACAGGUAUAUGCUUUUAACUUUCGAAGAGCCACCCGCGAACAUCAAGGCUGGUUGGAAAGAGAAUCUGGCUACAUUUAUAAAUGAAUUAAAAAAUCUACAAUGUUUGGGUCUUACAACUAUGGGUGCUGCCUUGAAACAUGCAUUUGAUGUUUUGAAUAUUAACCGUAUGCAGACUGGCAUUGACACAUAUGGCCAAGGCAGAUGCCCUUUCUACCUUGAGCCAUCAGUUAUAGUAGUAAUCACAGAUGGUGGCAAAUUGUCAAGCAAUGCUGGCAUUCAGGAAGAGUUCAACUUGCCCAUGAAUUGCCCUAUUCCCGGAUCGGAGUUAACCCGGGAACCGUUUCGGUGGGAUCAGCGUCUGUUCUCCCUUGUUUUGAGACUGGCCGGCACUCCGGCCGUAGAACGGGACACCGGCCUCGUGCCCUCCGAUACGUCACCAAUAGACGCCAUGUGCGAAGUUACCGGAGGUCGUUCAUACUGCAUCACGUCGCACCGUAUGUUGAUGCAGUGCAUCGACAGCUUAGUGCAGAAAGUGCAGAGCGGCGUCGUUAUCAACUUUGAGAAGAUCGGACCGGAUCCGCCUCCGAUCGACGGCGCCGCCGGCCGAGACGACCAGGACGAGGUGAAUCACGACACCGAAAAGGAAGUGGACGCCGACGCCGACAGAAACGGGCGUUGGAACGGUGGCUCGUAUCAGACCAGCGCGAAUCAGAACCAGAGUGGCGGCGCACCGCAGGCUUGGCACUCGUGUCGUCGACUCAUCUACGUGCCGCGGACCGUCGCCCAGAAAGGUUUCGCUGUAGGCUUCUGGCCAAUACCGGAGUCGUUCAGAUCGGAUCCUAAUGCACCCACUCUGCCACCUCGUUCAGCUCAUCCAGUUGUGAAGUUCACAUGUUCAAGCCAGGAGCCCAUGGUCAUCGACAAUCUUCCCUUUGAUAAGUACGAACUCGAGCCCAGUCCGUUGACACAAUUCAUACUCGCCAGAAAGCAACCAACAAUUUGUUGGCAGGUGUUCGUGGCAAAUAGCGGGUGUAAAACCUCAGAAAUGAAUCAACCGUUUGGUUACUUAAAAGCGUCAACGAACUUAACUUGUGUGAAUCUGUUCGUACUACCCUACAACUACCCGAUGCUAUUGCCGUUGCUCGACGAUUUGUUCAAAGUACAUCGCUGCAAACCCACGCCGGAGUGGAAAAUGGCCUUCCAGCACUAUUUGGAUCGCAUGCCGGCCUACUAUGUUGCGCCUCUACGAAGAGCCUUAACGAAAAUGGGAGCAUCACCACAGCUGCUUCAGAGCAUCAUACCCGACACUCAGGAUAAUUCUCUGAGUUUUUCCGUUCUGAACUAUUUGAAAAGACUGAAGAAUCAAGCGAAGAUCGAAUUUGAAAAGCUCUGCGCUGAUGUUAUUAAUAAAGCCAAUAGUAACAAUCAAAAAGGAGCUGAAAGUGUUCGAGUAAUGCCACGGUCGCCUCUCAAGAAAGACCUCACGACCCACCCGUGCCUUCAAGAUAAAUUUUCCGCCUUACGUGAUCAACUCAAUGAGUUUGGCGGCUUCGUGGUAGGACUCUCGCGGGGUCGCCAUAAAAGCGGAGCCCACACAUACCGUAAUCCAUUCGACAUACAACGGAGAGAUCUGUUGGAUCAAGUGGUCCGAAUGCGAGCCAAUUUCCUGCAGCCCUCUCUCGCUCACACUCGUCUGUUAGACGAAGACAGCGCGCACUCCAUGCCGGUCGCGCAGAUGGGCAACUACCAGGAGUAUCUGAAGCGGAUGACGCCGCAGCUACGAGAGAUCGAAUCUCAGCCAGUUCGACAGCACAUGUUCGGGAAUCCAUUCAAGAUUGACAAACGCAUGAUGGUAGACGAAGCGGACAUCGACCCCGUGGGGGGCGCGGUGCGAGGCGGGGCGGGGGGCGGGGCGGGCGGCAAGCGCGGCUCCGACCUCCCGCGGGUCACCCCACCUAAACGCAAGGCGGGACCUCUCCCGCAGCACGUGGUGGCGCGUCGUCCCUCCUCGUCCCCAGCCCCGCCGCUGUCCCCGCCCGCGGUCCCCCUGUCCGUCUCCCCGCAGCCGGCGCCGCUCGCGAUUAGACGUCCGACAUCACCACUAACGCCUUUGCCAUCCGACUUGCCAUCGGGACGACCACCCGAGGAGCCUCCAAACUUGGACUCGGGCGGGUCGGUGUGCGCGGCGCCGUGUCCGCCCGCGCCCCCCCUCGCGCCGCCCGCCAACCUGCCGCCCGUCGUCAAACCAUUCCUCAACGGCGACGCGUACAGUAGUCCGUGCAAGGCUCCGCGGUCGCCGUCCCCGCCCAACGAGACGCGUUUGGACUCGCAGGAACUUCAGAUCAACGCGAUCCUGCAGGGGCUCGCUGCUCAGAACGACGCUCAGAACUCACGAGCGAAGAAAUGGAAACGAAAAAGCGAGAGAUUGGCAGCCCAGCCGCCCGCAGUGCCUCAACCUUCGCGGAAGGAGUUAGCCGACAUACGUCGACACAACCUCGACGUGAGGGCGCAGGUGUACCGCGCCGUUAGACGACCCGGAAGAGAUUUCACUAAACUGUUUGAGCACUUAAAACAAUUGCAAGGUACUGUGGACAUUAAAAAGGAAGUGUUACGUGAUGUGAUUAACGAAUCCUUAAGGUUUAAAAGGAAGGCUCUAGCGAAAUUACUAGAAGACUUCUUGGCCGGAUUAGAGAAGAACGGAAGCAGCGCUUCCGGUACGAUCAAGCGUUUGAACAACAGUGCGGUUUACAACAGUGGUGCGAAUCAUAGCUAGUGACGACAAAAAGUCGUGUGGACGUUCCAUUAACGCGCCCUCGACGUACACUAAUAGUCUGCUUAGAACGUUUGGAGCUCAAACAUUAUUAAAAGAAUGAAACUGCUUUUGUUGCGGAACAUAACCCUCGUCCUCGAUUAAUUAAAAAAAAAAUAAUGAAUUUAUCGAUUUUUUUUUAAAGAAUGUCGCAGCCCUAUUGCAAUGACGGCCCAUGUUACACGAAGCAACCGACCGACAGUUGGAAGCUGUUUUUUUUUGUUAUUUUAUUUUUUGUAUGCGAACGGAACAGUCUUCAAUCCACCAGGUACUAAAUGCUUACUCGCGUUCAUUGACAACUUGAACGGUACCAACGAUCUUGAAACGUGUAUGUAGUCGCUAACCCCAACCUUCAAACCAGAAAGUAUGACUGCUUUCCGAAACUGACAGGAUGGUGGUACUUUCUCAUGCGUGCUCAUAAUAUAAACUCCCAUACCAUCAGCAGUUAAGCAAACAAAAUGAAUUUCUCGGGUUUUGAUAUUUUUAACAUGAUUUACUCUACUCCUUAUUUGUGAAAACACAUGUUAGAAACGGAUUUAUUAUAGUUCUUUUUUUUAUUUCGUUCUGUACGUCAGUUUCGUCACUUGAUAAUCGUGGACGAAGGGCCUUAAUAUAUUUUUUUUGUUUUGUUGAAUUACUUUUGAUUGGUAUUUUUAGGUCUCCAUAAUCCGCCUUUUGUUUGUCUUAGUAAGUCGGGUAUCUUGAAAAUACAUAAAUUCUCAUUUCACCGUUUCCUGUACCAAUGACAGAAGGGCAUUUAAUUGUAUUUCGUUGUAAAAGUGAUGACUGUAUGCUUUUUAUGUUUUUUUUUUAAUACAUAGUUUUUACAAAUAUGUUCUGCGUUUUCCUUUUCUCUGAAUAUAUAGUUAGUCCUUUACGACAAAAAUAUCGUAAGACAAUUACCAAUCGAAGAACUACUUAAGAAUCGUCAUAACGUUAUGGAACCGUAUUGUCUGUUGUCGUUUGAAUAAAAUACGCCUUCGAAUCAAUACAUACCAAAUGUUUUAAUAUUUAAAGAGAUGUUAAAAUAGUUUAUAUAAUGACCACGAAUGUCUUAAGUUUUAUUUUAAUUGGAAAGUUCGGUUAUUCUUGAAUUGUUUGUUUGUGUGACGUUUUCGUAUCGAUUUCAAGUUGAACGUCUCUAGCGCGGGCACUUUGAAAUAGACCAGCUAACUAUAAAAUUAUUUCACUUUAAUCGGAAGCAUAUUUUUAAAAGAAUUUAAAUAUGUCAAAAGCAAUAUGCAUUUUAAGGUGUUACGAAGGUGUCUUAUAUGUGCAAAUCGAUGAAUAUUAUUUGUAAAUAAAUAACUGUAUGUACAUAUAUUAGUUUUUAAUGAUUAUUACCAAUGAGAAAUAUAAGUAGGAUGUUUAUAUGCAUUGGGACCGUCAGCGAGGUCGGAUGAAUAUUAUAUAAUCUUCAAUGAAAUAGUUCAAAUAGUAAAUUUUGGUCGUUUUCUAGACCGAUCUCUUAAAAGACGAAUAAAAUUGGCUUUAUAAAUUUACAAUGAAAUGUUCGAUCCGACUGCGCUGACACUGUUCGGUCAAUUGUAAAGUGUAUUAUAAUAUUUUUUAAAAUAAAUUAUGAUCCUUAUUGGAUUUA